UUCACAAUAAUGAUAAAGUUAUUUCAUAUCUUUAUGUUGGUAUUACAUUUUAUGCACCAUUCAAGUAGUGAUGAUUCGGUAAAAUCGGAUUGUGUUGUAUCUCCACCACCUUGCACCAAAUCAAAAUAUAGAUCGUAUGAUGGAACAUGUAAUAAUUUAAAAAAGCCUCUGCUUGGAUCAUCAAAUACUCCAUAUAGAAGGCUCUUACCUGCAAACUAUGGAGAUGGGAUCUCCUCCCCACCAUUAUCUAAAAGUGGACAACCACUUCCUUUAGCACGUUAUAUUAGUACAACGGUUUAUCCGGAUAUACCUUUAAAGGAUCCCAUUUGGACGUUAAACACCAUGCAGUGGGGCCAAAUCAUAACUCAUGACUUGGCUCUUCUUAAAACUACAGGUUCAGACACAUGCUGUGCAAAUGAUAAUUCUACAAAAGAUGAAAAAUGUUGGCCCAUUACAAUACCACCUUUAGAUAUAAUGUCUCUUGUAUCCAAUACAAAAUGUAUGAGUUUCCUACGAACCGACACAGACCGCGAUGGGAAGUGUGUUGAAGGCAAUCAACCAGCAGAACAAAUUAAUUCAGUUAAUCAUUUCUUGGAUCUGUCCAUAGUAUACGGUAUUUCAGAUGAAAGUCAUAAACAACUAAGGGAGAACAAAGGAGGUCGCCUUAUAGUCGAACAAAGAAACGAUCAGGACUGGCCACCUCAUGAUCCCACUAAUCCCACUUGUUUAGGGAAGGAAAAAAAAGAAGCAUGUUAUCUUGCAGGUGAUACUCGAGUAAACCAAAACACGCAACUGACCCUUCUACAAGUAAUUUUGCUCCGUGAGCACAACAGAAUAGCUGAUGUUUUGUUUAAAUUAAACCCGCACUGGGACGAUGAAACUAUUUUCCAAGAAGCCAGAAAAAUCCUCAUCGCCCAACACCAACACAUUUCCUACUACGAAAUGCUGCACAUUUUCCUUGGAAAGAAGGAGUUGGUAAAAGAAAAAAUCAUAUACGAAACCGAAGGCUUUGUCAAUGAUUACGAUGAAAAUGUAGAUCCCGCGGUGCUAAAUGAACAUUCCCAUGCAGCAUUUAGAUAUUUUCAUUCUCUUAUUGCUGGACAUUUAAAGUUGGUGCUGGAAAGUAGAUUAAGUUUUUCCAAAGUAAGACUUAGUUCUUGGCUUAACAGACCAAGCAUCUUGGAAGAAGAAAACAAUUUUGAUGAUUUGUCCAGAGGUUUAGCGACGCAAUCUGAAUACCUAGCUGAUGCAUUUCACACUUCAGAAAUAACUCAAUUUUUGUUUAGAGGAAACAAUACAUUUGGAAAGGAUCUUAAAGCCACCGAUAUACAAAGAAAUCGAGACCAUGGAUUAGCUAGGUACAAUGAUUAUAGAGAAUAUUGUGGACUAAAAAGGGCUAAAACGUUCUGGGACCUAUUGGGUUCAAUGUCGCCUUUGGUUGUUUUCAAACUUUCAAAGAUUUAUAAAAAUGUGGACGACAUAGAUUUAUCUGUUGGUGGAUCAUUGGAAAAUCACGCAAAGCCAGCGAUGGUUGGAACGACCUUUUUGUGUAUCAUAAAAAAACAAUUCUAUAGGACCAGGGUUGGUGACAGGUUUUGGUUUGAAAAUGGUGGCGAGACUGGAUUUACUUUAGAUCAACUUAAAGAAAUUAGAAAAUCAAGUAUUUCAAGACUUUUAUGUGAUAACUCUCAUAAUGUUAAAUUAAUGCAACCAAGGGGGUUCGAAAAAAUAUCGCUGAUAAAUCUUCCAACAUCAUGCAAUAAUUUACCAGCAGUCAACCUAACAUUAUGGAAGGAUCCAGUACCUUAAAAUGUUAUUUUUUUUAAAUAAUAAAAUAA